GAUGUAAAUGACUCGCGAAGUGAAAUUACCGAAGCGAAUGAACAUGGUCACUCACAUAAUGGAAGCUUAGGGUCUAACAAAAGACAUCUCGAAGAUAAAUCCGCUGAAUUGACCACUGAGGCUUCCGGAACUUCUGGAGGCGCAGAGCGUUCUGCGAAGCGGAUAUCUGAAAAUCCCGAAACGAAAGCACAAACCGAGAAGUUAUGCGGUGCUAUUAUUGCUUUGGGAAUAUUUUAUCGCAACCUUUAA